UACUGGCCGGCGCUGCAAUUUCGGAAUCUGCCCUUGUAUAUGGCGGACGAAAUUUCCACAGGAGGAACCGCAACACUAACCCCCUGCGCGAGGCAGAAACGAAGAGCGUGCACGGACUGAAGUAGACCUCGAUAAAUUCAUGAUUCAUUACGCCAUUACUCUUUUCUAAAAAUGUAACGUAGCGUGUUGCGGAGGAAAAAAAACGCUGUGGUGAAAAUUUGUAACAUUUGGAAUUUCUCAUAACUAAUUCACAAUUUUUUUUGAGGAAGCAGUUGUGCACGCAGUCACCUCUGCUCGGGGAGGGAAGAUUUCUGGAGCGGGAGCCUGUUUCGCAUGAGCUGCAUCUUUUUUGGAGAAGCAGGGGCUCAGAGGAGGUGGAGUCAUGAGUGCACAAGAGGCACCCAAUCCUGGGAUGGAGCAGGCGGACGGUGGCAGUACAGUCACAGAUGCUCCCUCACCAACCUUAGCCCCAAAGCCCAAGAGUACAACUCCACCACCUGUCACAGUCACAGUAAAGAAAGAGCCUGGGACUUCAGAGACGAGUAACGGGAAAGUGGGUGACGUCAACCCUGCUGAGAUCUGUGUUGUCAUUGGAGGAAAUGAUGGAGGAGCAAGUGGAGGUGGAUCCCGUAGAGCUCAGACCGAGGGUAUGUUUGCCCUAGGUACUCCUCCUCCAACGAAGAGCACAGACUCAUGCAUAGGUUCCUAUGUAUGUGGGGUAUGUGGGAAGAAGUACAAGUAUUAUAACUGCUUUCAGACACACGUCAGGGCACACAGAGAAUCAGACACCAUGGUUGCAGAUGGUCUACCCCAGACACCCAACAUCUUGUCUCCUCACUGUAGCCGCCUUCCCAUAGGUGACAUCCUAAUACCAGAUAGCUUCCGUUACUCCUGUGACAUCUGUGGCAAGAAGUAUAAAUACUACAGCUGCUUCCAGGAGCACCGUGACCUGCAUGCAGUUGAUGAUCCUUAUGAACAGGUAGUGUUACCUGUGGAUGGCCUUAAGGAGGAGGAGCCAGUUGAACCCUAUCAGAAAAUCGGACCAAAAACGGGGAGCUAUGUUUGUGAGUUCUGUGGGAAGCAGUACAAGUAUUUCAACCCCUACCAGGAGCAUGUUGCUCUUCACACACCAAUGGGCGCCUUUGAUUUGAAGACAACACGGGUACAGGAAUGUGGUAGCAUGGAUAUGAGUAAAUUUGGCCACAGCCAAACUGGUAAGAUAAAAAACAUUCCAUUCAGGCGGAAACUGGAAAGUGCAAUUCAGUCUAGUCUGGUUGACACAAACAGUUCGCAGAAUUCAAGCGGAACUCCGAGCCCUCUGGUGGCCAGCACCUUCUCUACAACCCAGAAACCCUACACUUGUGGUGCCUGUGGGAUCCAGUUCCAGUUCUACAACAACUUGCUGGAGCACAUGCAGUCCCACGCAGCGGACAAUGAGAACCACACCAAAGGUGACUCUCCCAAAGCCUCCGGUCCUCAAGAGCAGCUGUGGAGAAGCUCUCAGGCUCCGGCCCAUUCCUUAGUUAAACUACAAAUCCAGCCUCAAAGUAUCCCCCAGAGAAACCACACCGUAAGCCAGAAUAAUGGACUACCUGAGAAGGAACGACAGCAGGUGGCUGAGCGCCUCCUACGGGUAAUGUGUUCAGAUCUGAGCAUGCUAAAUGUGCUCAACAGCAAAGACUUCCUGAAGUUGGCACAGACCCUGGUGGAUACGGGUGCUCGUCAUGGUGCCUACUCCACCCGUGAUGCUUUUGGCAACAUGAGUUCCUUGGCACUGCGCCAGCUGCCCCGCAUGUACAACCAAGUGAAAGUCAAAGUCACGUGUGCUCUCGGCUCCAAUGCUUCACUUGGCAUCGCCGUCACCUGCCACUCCCAGACAUCGGGCCCAGACGCUUGCUAUGUUCUAACGGCCUACCAGGUGGAGGGCUCGAGACUGAAGCGAUAUGUGCUGGGUGUGAGGGAGGCUGAGCUGAGGGAAGGGCCCGAGCAGGUUCACCACUGGGUGCAGAAUGUGCUGUCUGAGUUUGUGAUGUCCGACAUACGCACCGUGUAUGUCUCCGAGCCUAAAGCGUGGGCAGCAGGUUUAGCGGGAUCACCACUUGGUGCUGGCGGCCGGAGCAAGGUAUGCUUGCGAUGCGCCGGGUGUUCACUCGGUGCAGUUGUCCAGGCUGUUCUCGGGAAGCGCAGCCUCCAGGCUCGAGGUCUUCAUGAGUUGUCUGAUCUUCUCUCAGCGUGCCGAGAUAUUGCCUCCUCCACCACGCUGUCCCUUCGCGAGGAACAGUUCACCAAAACAUCCACAAGCACAACUGAGGAAGGUACACAGGGCAGCCCUGCACAAUGCCCCAACCCUCCUUGCUGGGAUCGUACGGCGGAAGCUCUUCUGCAGGUCCAUGCCCACUUUGAACAGAUUUGCGAGGCUUACGGACGCAGCAAGACCACGGCUCCACUCCUCCAAGGUCUCAACAAGCAUCUGCUUGGUACGCUGGCUUGUCUGCUGGCACCUCUGCGUCUGGCAGCUCUGGAGCUGAGCAGCCAGAGGAGACCAACCUUACAGCAGGUGCUGCCCGUCUACCUCCGCCUGGAGAAGUUUUUCACGUCCAAAGCUGGAGAGGCUGGAACCGGCACAGCUAGCAAACUCUGCCACUACUUUCUCGAAGCACUUAAGGAAAACUUCAAGGUUGAACGAGCCCACCAGGUAGCCAUGGUCCUGGACCCGCAGGUCAAGCUGUGUUCAGUUCCGGCCUACCAGCACGAAGACAUAAUCUGCCGCGCAUGCGAAAUGGCUGCUGAAAGCAGGGAUGGAGGUAUGACCGGUGGUGGUGGUGGUGGUGGUGGAGGUGGUGAAGAGCGGGACACUGAUGGCCCACCAACCCCUAAAAUAAGCCGCAUAGAGGGAGGGGGAAACAAUUGUGGCCCCUCUAGGGGCACCUCCUCUUCUUACACUGGCAACGAUGAGGGUCAGAGCCAAGUUAGACAAGAGAUUUUUCAAUACCUGGCCGAGCCACUUCUCCAAGGCACACCUGACCUCUUCCAGUACUGGAGCUCAGCGGUGAAUGAGAAGUUCCCCAGGCUUUCUCGCCUGGCAAUGUGGCUCCUUGCUGUGCCCGCUGUGGGCAUACGCAAUGAGUGUGUGACUGUGUGUGAACAGAGCCUGGCUAUGAAGAGGAGGCAACAGGUUACCACUGAGGAGAUGAACAAACUCAUUUUCCUUCGCUCCAACAUGGGCUAGGGGAGACAAUUAACCAAACCUUCACCUCCAAACAAUGACUGAAGACUAUUAUUUAUAUACUGUAGGUUUAGACCAACUGUCAACUUAAAUGUGUUAAAUACUUCUAAAGACAGAUAUUUACAGGAAACUCACAUUGUAUAGGUUGCAAACACCCAUAAAACAAUACGGCUUAUUAUAUAUUUUAUAGGGAGAAAGGACUGUUGUAAAGUACUGUGGACAAAAUGUAGGGGUGGAACGGUAACUCUCAAAAGAUAGUCUUGUUUGGUAUGCCACCCUCGGUUUGGGAUGCACAUGUAAGCAGGAUCAGUUAUGGCCAGUGAUUUUUAAAAUAAUCCAGCCUAAUGACUAAACUGCUAAAAGGCUAUUAUUGCCUUAUUAUUACUAUUGCUGUUAUUCUCACUGGGUGGCAACAUUUUCAGGUAAAGUCAGCUUUCACUGCUUGAAACUAUUGUCAUAGACCUCUGAAAACAUACAGCAGUAUGCAUGUACAGUAUUCAGAGAAGGAUCAUUUUCAUUGGCGUAUGACAAUAAAUUCAAGAUGUGAAUCCUCACUGCCAUUGCACCUCUGAUAAUUAAGUUUACUAGGUCUAUGAUUUACUAUCACGUAUCACUGAAAACAUCUUUAUUUUUUUCUCCAACAUAUUCAGCCGCGGGAGACGGGUCAGGUAUCUGUGAGCUUAAUCAUCGCAGCUAAUUCGACGGUCGCUUCAGCGGCCUACAAAUGCAGCGUUGGAUCAUUUGCAUGCACUGCACUGCAUGCAUUUCUCAUUCAAAAGGGUAAAAAGCUGAUACAACAUUAAUAAGGAUGUGAUGCUUUCCGUUUUUGUUUUAUGUUCCAAAUUGUAAAGAAAAGUCAACCAAUGGUUUGUUUUCUUUAAGUUAACUGAAGAGGUCUUAUGCUGCUAGAUGUGCAAGUCAAACGGCUGGAUUUGCACAGAGGGCCAAUAUCAUGAAGUUAUCUCGAAUGAAUUCAAGCUUUUGUUUGAGUUUUCUUUACAUGCACGCAAAGAGGACAGCAUCAUAUGAGAACCUGUUGGUGGUCAGCUUUUACUUAUUUCAUUCAGCCUCACCAUAGGGGGGGGGCUUACACUAACAGGGAAUUAAAUAGCAUUGAUUAAAUAAAUCUUGUAUUGCCAUUUAAUACUAGAUGUUACAACCCAGGUUAUAUGUCAGUACAUGCACAACGAUGACACCUAGAGGCCAAUGUGUCUGGCUUGAUGAUAGUUUCCAGUGCUGCUACUUCAGAUAGUCACAUCAAUCAUGAGUCAAGGAAAGAGACGUCAACACUUCUCUAUACCGGAGACGUUUUGUCUGUGCAUUGUCCUCCGAUAAACAGCAGAAAUGUUAUUAGCCAUCAGUUUGGUAAGCUUGUAGGCAAUUGAUAAUUGCAUACAUCCUUGUGUGCUUGCCCACUGUGUGUGCGGUUAUUUGUUUUGUUUUUUCAAAGCUUAAUUAGAAAAGAUAAGAAAGUUAAAAUUUUAUUUAUUCAUUUCUCAUUCUAAUACACACGUCGUCUUCCUUGUGUGAGCUACACAUGUCCAUUUUUGAAGCAAUAAGCUUCAUCAUCGGGCAUAGUUUCCAACUUUAUCUGCUAAACGCGACUGUUUUCAUGACGCUCCUACAGUUUAAUUAUUAAUGGUAAAUUUAUUUUUCUGUUUGUAAAAUCAACAGGAUUUUCUCAGGAAUGCACCCGAGCAGGCACCGCCACUUUUUCCUCACUGUACCGAAAACACAACAAACUGUGACCUCAAUGCCGAGGUCUGUACUGAGCCGUGACUUUUGUGAAACGUUCCACCCCAAAUACAGUUAGUGCCAUUUGCAACAAAUGAAAAAUGGAUCACUGAGGGUUUAUUUUCUUUUCCAGGAUGAAGCAAAUUCUGCCAGUACAUUCACUUAAGUCAACACAUGCAUACUAAUGAAGUCAAGUGGUUUAUUUUUUUAUGAAUUCUAGUGUACAUUUUUGCGAGCUAAUACCUCCUAAAAAAUGACUUGGAUGAAUGGAAGUUAUACUGUACAUUUGUUUGUUGCCUUUGGUACUAACAAGUCAAGUACUAUUUUGUCAUCUCUGUUUUUGGGCCUUAAGUCUCUUUUCAUGCGACCACCCUAAACCCUACAGUCAGAGCCAACGUCAUGCCUUUUUAUUGCUGUUAAAUCGCCUUCUUUUAACCAUGUUUUU